UUAGUGCAGUCUCAUCAGUGCUGCCUGUCAGUGCCCAUCAGUAGUGUCCAUUAUCAGAAAGAGCUGGAUCAGGGGCGGACUGACAACUCAUGGGGCCCCCAGGCAAUAGGGGAUCAUGGGGCCCCUGUGUCCUUGCCCAAACUCAAAAAAGCCUAUGAAAAAGGUAUGAGGGGCAUCUCAUGGGCCCCCCACUGACCCCGGGCCCUCGGGCAGUGCCCGAGUUUCCAAAUGGUCAGUCCACCCCUGAGCUGGAUGAA